AUGAGAAAUACUUUCAGAGUUUUGCUUUCUAAUGACAUAAACGAGAUACAUGUGNAGAAUGCUCGAGGCUUGCUGAAGCCGGUGUCAGAAUUGGCAAAUGAAACAUGCUGCAGUGACAGAUGUGUACAGAUGGUACUAACCCAUGCCAAGCUAUUAGAAGUGUGGCGGGCCACAGCAAAGUUAGGACAGCGUGAGGCAAGGCGAGUCUUGGCAGAGAUGUUAACUCCGUCAGGGGGUACAAAAGCUAAUUGCUACAAAUUCAUUUCCAUGGUGACAGGGUGCAGUUAUGCAACAAUAUGUCUGGUCAGUGACCAGAUGAAGAGAACACAAGGUGAACGAGAGCCUCCAGAACAUGGCCUAAAGCAGUGGUGGCGCGAUCACCCAAAGAAGAAGAAGCAGAAGAAAGUUUCCAAUAAAUCAAAGAAGAUGGGCAACACUGAAGAAGAUACUCCUUCCUCACCCUUAACAAAUGUUGCCAAUAUUCACCUUCCACACAGAGAAGAACUAGACUCCCUGACCCCACAACAAGCUUCCUGCCAUUUGCAGAAGCUACUUGAGCUGCAGAAACAACUUUCAGCACAACAAAUUCAACUGCAACAACAGAUGCAGGAGGUGAGACUGAAGAUGAACAAGGUUCAGCAGCUGCCCAUAAGUUCAAUUCCAGUGCAAGCAGCUCAGUCAGCCAAGAACAUUGAAACAGUGACAGUAUUGGCCCCAGCUGAUGCAAAUGACAGUGGUGGAGAGUUGGUAACAAGAAGUGGUGCUCAGCAAGUGCUGCAUAUCUUGGAGCUGCCCACAUCAUCACCAUCAGUCAUCACAGAGAAUGUCCAUCCACAACCCACCAUUUCAUUGAUGGCCUCCAAUGGAGAUUUUGAGCCCUUGACUAAUAUCAGUGUCAACCUGCAGGGCAGAGGGCAGACUACAUUCAGCAACAUUGUUAUUCUACCAGAGUCAGCUCUUGCAGCCAACACAACCACACAAGGAACAUCUGUGAUAAACUAUAGUCCUCCUACUGAAGCAACAGACAACACAGUUCCAGCCGUCUCCUCUCGAAACCUGCAAACUGGUGGUAUGGUUGAAUCAAUACCUUUUACCACCAAGACUAGUUCACCUGCAGUCAGCACCUUUCAGCUGUAUGGAGUUAUGGAUACCACUACACCCAAUCUGUUACACUUCAAUUACUAAUGUAGUAGGAAGCAUGAUUAGAAAGACUCAAAACUUGUAGCUGAUUUGUCUAGGUUUGGUAAUGUAAGUUCAGUGAAUCUGAUAUUCAUCAUGGCUUGCAGUAAGUUAAAUCUGGUGACAUACUCUUUACUGAAAUGUGAAUUAUACUUGUGACUUGUGCCUAGAACACAUAUACUUGUGACCAUGCUACUUAACAUUUUAUUAGUGUGAUACAGAAUGAGAAGUGGCAGUGAAUGAGACUGAUUUGCAAGUCAUAACCUGUUGUUAUGCCCACAUCUUCCUGUAUGAGUAAAACAGUUAUGUGUUAAGAAAAACUAUGGCUUCCAUUUCACACAGUCACAAUCCAAUCACAAUAUCCUUUAGGAGAUGGCAUUUAAACCCCCGGUGUACUAGGUGCUGGCCUCGGUUUUUAAAUGCCCUUAAAUAUCCGAGAUACAGUGGUUCAGAAAAUAAGUUGUAUUUACUGCAGUUUUAAGGUAUAAGCCGCAGAUAAAAACUGGAUUGUUGAGAAUUAACCCAUUUACAAAUAUUCAAAGUUUUGAAAUAACCAGUUUAUACAUAUGCACUCUGUUUACAUUUUUAGAAUAAGUUUCAUAAUUUUUAUAUACUCAACUUCAGUCUGAUAUUAUAUUUAGCUAUGAAAUGUGCCACAGACAUUUUACAACUGUACGUUGGAUGGUGGAUGUGUGUGUCUGCAUUAUGAUUCCCAGCUACUUUAACACAGAGAACUGAGGCCCUUCUAUACAAUGGUUGCACUGUUCUAAGAAUAGGAGGAAUGGGCAUACCAUAUGAUAACAUUCGCUUGUGAUUCCCUGGUUGACUAUCACCUGAACAUUGUAUCCAUUUUAAUUUUUAAAUUGGUUUCACUCACAGGUGCACAUGCUGUUCAGGUAUCUUCAGAGGUUAUCGAGAGUAGCAUAUUGCGUUACUGAUGGUAUCUGUUGUCCCUGUUCUUGAUGUAGUUUUGAUUUAUGUCAAGAUGUCAUGACAUUCACCACCAUAUUAACAUGAUGAUGCAUACUACACACUUACAUGUGUAGUAGGCCUGUACAUAGCAUGAGAACCUAGAAAAUCACAUACAGUAUGGUUGUAUUAUGUGAGUAUGCAUUCCUAAAGACCUUGUAUAAAUCAUGGCAAGUUUUCUCAUGAAAAUAAAAUUAUUCUUUCCGAAUUUUUUGGGAUUCACGUAAUUUCAAACUUUUUCAUAUAAAGUGAUAUUUUGUUAAUAUUUUUUAUAUCGUAGUAUUUCAAACUCACAUAAAGUGCAACAGGACUGUACAGUACACGGAAAAGCUAUAUCAUUAGAACAACAACAUUAAUGUGUCCUUGUUUGGUGUAUACAUUGCACUUAGAAGGACACAUGAUGUACUUGAUGCAAUGAAAUGUAAUUUAUCUAUGGCUUUAUAGCCCUUGUGGACCUUGGCUGCUUUUUUCAGUUUCUUAAUGUA